GGCGAAGACCGACUCAGUUUUACUUGGAUCCAAGCGUCUGAGCAUGCGCUACGUGUCCUUUGUGGCCUCCAACCCUUCGCCUUUCCUUCUCAUUUCGGUCAGAUUCUUCCAUUCCAUUUCAUUCUUCUCUACGCCAAUCCCAUUUGCUGAAUCUGCUAAUCAUGCUCUCAUCCAUGGCGGAUCCUUCUCUUUCCUUCUGUUUCUCUUCCCUCUCCUCCCCUUUCUGCAUUUCCCGCUCCCUCCACCUUUCUUCUCCUAGAUUCUCCCUCUCUCAUCAUCGCCCUUCUCGUCUUCUUCGUUUCUCCGUCAAAUCCUCCGCCUCUGGAAGCUUCAUCGGCGACGAUUCCUUCGGAUUGUUUCCUUGGACUGAUGGUCAUACCGAAAUUCAUUGGGUUCCGGAGGAGAGAGUCACAUUGUUCACUCCUGAUGGGCUUGUUCAGAUUGGAGGCUCCAUCGUCCCUCGACGAAUUUCUUCUUCAGAUAAAAAACAAGGGAAGUCAAAGGCUUACCAACGCUUCCAACGGUUUCAAGAGAGUGAUUACAUGGAUCCAAAACAGAGCAUAUGUCUUGGUGCCCUUUUUGAUAUUGCAGCUACCAAUGGACUUGACAUGGGAAGAAGACUUUGUAUCUUUGGGUUUUGCCGUUCUGUUGAGAUGCUCAGUGAUGUUGUGGAGGACAUUGUUUUGGAGCAAGGUGGAGAGGUUGUAGCAGCAGAGAAGGCAAGCAAAGGGGGUUUGCAGGAGAAGCUGACCAUGACAGUGGCUGUGCCACUUCUGUGGGGGGUUCCUCCUGCUUCUGAAACGCUUCACUUAGCUGUUCAGAGUGGUGGAGGGAUUGUGGAGAAAGUUUAUUGGCAAUGGGAUUUUUUGUAAAGUAUGGUAUUCUUACAGCCAUUUAACCAUUCUCUUGUGCAUUCUGUUCAUAAAAUUGAUGUAAUUAUAUGUACAAAACUCAAAAGGGCAAUUGUCACACGUUAUUAACUAAAUAUUGAAAGUGUAUCAAAAGAAGUAUGUAGCUUAUUUGAGCUCAUCAGCUAAUACAACAUGUUCAUUUAUGAAUA